CCACGUGUGCGGGGGUGCGGUGCGGCGAGGACAGGAAGUGCGUGGUGCGGUGUGGCGCCCCCCGUUGUGUGUGCUCACCGCAAUGCCACCUGAAGCACGAGGAAGCGGUGUGCGGCUCCGACAACCGCACCUACAAGAGCGAGUGCCACCUGCUGAAGCGCGCGUGCCGGAAGAAGCAGCGGCUCUCGGUGGCACACUACGGCCCCUGCCAGACGUGCGUUGGAGUGCGUUGCAGCGGCGGGAAGAAGUGCGUGAUGGACGAGCAGAUGACUCCGAGGUGUGUGAAAUGCCCCACGUCUUGCCCUCGCACCGACAGAGUGAGGCAUCUGUGCGGGGCGGACCAACGCACCUACUCCUCUCCCUGCCACCUCAAGCAAGCGUCCUGCAUUGCGGGCGCCGAGAUCCUGCGAGCGUACAAGGGGGCAUGCCAAGAGGGCGCCACCUGCAACACGGUGCGCUGCUGGCGUGGGCAGAAGUGCUUGACGCAGGAGGUGACGGAGCAGCCCCAGUGUACCUCCUGCGGCGCCCUGGACUCCUGCCUACCCUCCUCCCGCCCCGUCUGCGCCUCCGACGGCCGCGUGUACCCCUCCUGGUGCGCGUUUAAGCAUGAGGCGUGUCGCUCCGGCCGCGCCCUCACACCUACGCUCCACCUGCACUGCGCCGCGAGUGAGUACACCUGGACCUACCUUACCUUCCAUUGAUUGGUUUAUUGCUGAUUGGAUAGG